UUAAGAAAGAAAGGAGGCUCUUUUUCAUAGUCUACUGCAUCUCGAAGAAUUUCGUCGUCGGAUCUCUUUGCUGUCUUCGUGUUUCUCUCUCAAUCGAUCAGAUCGGAAGAUGAUUGACGAUCAGAUGUUAGGUUUUCUUGCCAAUUUUCUUGGCAUUUUUAUCUUUGCUCUAGUGAUUGCCUACCAUUACGUGACGGCUGACCCGAAGUAUGAAGGCAACUGAGGUGAGAUCUCGUCGAUCCAGAUGCCUACAUUGACAGGCAAAGUGCAUUACUGUUAGGAGUAGAGAUCGUUUUGAUAUGUUAGGUUUUAUUUUUCUUCGAUGAGAAUUUUCUCCCAGCAACAGCAACAAUCAAUGUAAGCAACCUUUCGUUAUGGAAUCAUAACUUAUUCUCUUAAAUUUUCAUGGUUCUGUGAUUGAUGGCCUUCUCAGUUCAGUAUUUGAUUGAGUUCCUACGGCCCCGUUUGAGUUCCUUCAAA